AGCUUCAUGUCUGACUUCGACAUCAUGCUUGCUCGGAGGAAAGCCAUGAACAGCAAGAAGCGAAGACACCGUGACGGAGGGACGUUCAUCAGUGACGCCGACGACGUGGUCAGCGCCAUGAUCUCCAAGAUGAACGAGGCUGCGGAGGAGGAUCGAACUCUGAACAGUCAGAAGAAACCGGCGCUGAAGAAACUCACGCUGCUGCCGCAGGUCGUCAUGCACCUGAAGAAACAGGACUUGAAGGAGACGUUCAUCGACAGCGGGGUGAUGUCGGCGAUUAAAGAGUGGAUCAGUCCUCUUCCGGACAAGUCGCUGCCCGCUCUCAGGAUCAGAGAGGAGCUGCUGAGGAUCCUGCAGGAGCUGCCCAGCGUCAGUCAUGAGACUCUGAAGCACAGCGGCAUCGGCCGGUCCGUCAUGUUUCUGUACAAACACCCCAAAGAGUCUCGAUCCAACAAAGACCUGGCUCUCAAACUCAUCAAUGAGUGGUCGAGGCCGAUCUUUGGUUUGACGUCUAACUACAAGGGAAUGACGAGAGAGGAGCGGCAACAGAGAGAUCUGGCUCAGCAGAUGCCUCAGAGACGACGACUCAGGUACAGACAAGUUUCAUCCGGACGCGUUAACAACUGACACAACCACUCAGGU